AUGAGUCUCUCCUCGGAGGGGGGGGGCGUAGAUGGUGCCAUCCACCGAGCUGCAGGUCCCAAGUUGGUUGAAGAAUGCUACCAUCUCGAUGGAUGUGAGACUGGCGAUGCAAAGAUUACCUCCGCCUACGAUCUGCCUUGCAAGCGUGUGAUCCACACAGUCGGCCCAAUAUAUAGAAGAGAAGCAGACCCCGUCGCGCUUCUUCGAUCCUGCUACCGACGCAGUCUGGAAGUGGCUGUCGAAAACGACAUGAAGAGCAUUGCCUUUGCCGCGAUCAGCACCGGAGCCUAUGGCUACCCCAGUCGAAAAGCUGCUGAAGAUGCGCUCAAAGAAGUGCGAGAAUUCCUCGUUGGACCUAAUGCCGGAAAGCUGGAGCGUGUCAUCUUCUGCAACUUUGAGCGCAAGGAUGUGGCCGCCUAUGAGGAAUUCAUUCCGGAGUAUUUUCCUCCCACGCAGGAAGACUUGACUGAGGGCUAUGUUGCUUAA